AUGGUGUGGCUGCUGCUGUGCGUGCCGCUGUGGGCCGCGGCGGCGCUGCUGAGCCGGCUGGCGCUGGCGGCGGGGCCGGUGGUGCGGUGCGAGCCUUGCGACGCGCGGGCCGUCGAGGCUUGCAAGCCGCUGGCGCCCGAGUGCCCGGAGGCGGUGCGGGAGCCGGGCUGCGGCUGCUGCAUGACGUGCGCCCUGGCCCGGGGCCGCCUGUGCGGCGUCUACACCGAGCGCUGCGGCGCCGGCCUCAGCUGCCGCCCGCCAGCCGACGAGCCCAAGCCCCUGCAAGCGCUCCUCGACGGCAGAGGACUCUGCACCAACGCCAGCGCCGACGCCGCCGCCCCGGGAGGAGGAGGAGGCGGCAGCAGCGGCGGCAGUGGCGCUUCCAGCGGCGGCAAGCUCCGCGUUCUCUUCUUGCGGGGCAGCGCCGGGCCAGGCAAUUCCAGCGAUUCAGAGGAAGACCAGAGCUUCAGCAGCACAGAGAAUCAGUCUGUCCCCAACACACACAGGGUGUCGGAUUCCAAGUCGCAUCCUCACUACACCAAAAUAGACAUCAUCAAGAAAGAGCAAACCAAAAAUACCCAGCGCUACAAGUACGAUUCACAGAGCACAGACACAUUGAAUUUCUCUUCGGAGUCCAAGCAGGAGACUGAAUAUGGUCCUUGCCGGCGAGAGAUGGAAGACACGCUAAACAAUCUAAAGAUCCUGAACGUCUUAAGCCCGAGGGGAUUGCAUAUUCCCAACUGUGACAAGAAGGGAUUUUACAAGAAAAAACAAUGUCGUCCAUCCAGAGGCCGGAAAAGAGGCUACUGCUGGUGUGUGGAUAAAUAUGGGCAACCUCUACCUGCCUAUGAUGGAAAGGGGAAAGGAGACGUUCAUUGCUACAAUUUAGAAAGCAAAUGAGGGACGUACGCCGUCUUCCAUGGAAUCUGUGUGUGGCAUCAGGAGGCCUUGGAGUGACUGGGAAAUAGCAUGGACUGUGUUGGACUCGGAAGUUCCUAGUCCUGCCCCCUUGCUUAUAUCGGGGGAAUCAACGACUCUGUGGACGCUGCAGCUGCAUCCAGCUACUGUUACACUACCAGCUUUCUAUAGAUUCACCAGGGAGCUCUGAAAUCCCCAAUAAAUCUGCACUAUUGAUCCCCAGAAAGAAUAAGAGAAAAAAAAGGCACUUCAGAAUGGAUUCAGGGAGUCUCCACUGACUUUUUGUUUUGUUUUAAAUAACGGCCUGUGACCAAUUUGAUCCCGAAAGAUAACUGUGUUUUUUUUUUUAAUUUUAUUUUAAAGAAUUUAUAGAUUGUAAGCUUUGUUAAAGAUAUUAAGCACAUCGGGUGUUAAUCCAACCCAAACUAAGCACUUUUCAAUCCCCUCGAUUUCAGCUGGAGAGUUAAGCCGCGAAAGUCAUUCCUCUCCCACUGAAAUCAAAGAAGAGGCUUUGCUUGAAUUGGAUUGUGCCGAGGUUUUAAAGUUUUAAGCUUUUUCGUUUUUGUUUUUAUACAGGUCUGACGGGAAACUUAUCUUCACGGGUAAAAAAAUGAUUUAUUACAAAAAGCUCAAAGAACUUUUUAAAAGAAACAUGUUUCUACAUGGCUAUUUUUUUUUUCUGUAAAAUAUACUGUAUUAUGAAUAUUCUGUUAGUCUGUAUUUAAUAUAAUUGUUUUUUAAUAAACUAUUUAAAUGUAA